AUGAGGGUAACUGGUGAUCACAGUUCCGGUGGCUCUACCCCAGCUCAGUAUAUUCGUUCCGAGUCUGACGGGGAAAAGGCACCGCAAGGGAUUCAUGCCCAUCUUGAGCACACGGCAUUGGAACAUGACCCUGAUGAGCUCAAUGAUGUCCAUAACAAACUCACCAAGGAGACGAUCCUUGCUUGUAUUGCUAUUGCCGGUCAAAUCAAUGCGUAUGUAAUGAGCCUGUUGAUUCCAUCGACGACCUUGUCGUAUAUAAAUCAGGAGCUUGGGCCGAGCCCCUACUACUCUUGGAUCACCAUCGUCUGGCAACUGGGUGGCUCCAUCAUUGUUUCCAUCAGCGGCCGUUUGUCCGAUAUCUUUGGCCGUCGAUAUUUCAUGAUUACGGGUGCUUCGAUCUCGAUAGUAGGGUGCCUCGUUGGUGCAAACGGUAGGAGUAUCGAUAUGAUGAUCGCGAGCGGAACUCUUUUUGGAAUAGGCUCCGGAUUCCAAGAAAUGGCCUAUGCUUGCAUUCAGGAAAUGCUACCUAAUAAGCACCGAAUGGUAGGAGUUGGUCUCCUCGACAUCUCCCUCGCUAUAGCGUUUAGCAGCCCGGCCAUCGCAUAUUGCUUCAUCGCCUUCCACGACAUCGGUUGGAGGGGUGCUUACUGGUACAUGUUCACAUGGCAUGUCGUCGCCUUUAUCUUCCUCUGGAUCUUCUACCGUCCCCCUGAUUUCAAGAUGAAGCACCGCCACGAUGGGAAGACUAAGAUGCAGCUGCUUGCCGAACUUGACUAUGUAGGCAUCUUCCUCUUCAUAACUGGAGGAGUACUCUUUCUCUUAGGCAUUAACUUUGGAGGGAGACAAUAUGCUUGGAACAGCGCAGCUACUAUCACACCGAUCAUUCUUGGUAUCAGCAGCUACGUCGCCCUUGGGUUCUGGGAGGUUUACUCGAACCAAAAGUAUCCCCUUCUCCCACCGAAGCUGUUUAUGAAAGUUCGAGAGUUUGUGAUGGUUAUCGUGGUUUGCUUCGUUGGAGGAAUGCUCUACUACAGCAUGAACGUUCUCUGGCCGAGACAAUCUCAAACUUUGUUCGUGGGCGCGGACCAGCCGAUUCUCCGAGGCGGCUAUGCGACAUUCUUCUCUAUCGGAAGUUGGCUGGGAGGUGUCACAACCGUCUUCGUCUGCUCGUGGCUGGGUCAUGAGAAGUGGCAACUCGUAUUCUUCAUGGUCGUUCAGACGGCUCUUAUCGGUUCUCUUUCUUCGGUCGGGGUGGACGAUCGAGUUCAGGCCAUUGUGACGCUUAUUAUCGGUUCUGCCAUGGUCACGGCUCCUCAGCUGGUAUCUUUCGCGAUGUUGUCACUCGGCCUAGAGGACCAAUCAGACAUUGGUAUUGCUGUCGGCCUUGCGGGAACAUUUCGGCUGCUUGGUGGUGCCGUUGCUACAGCCAUCUACUCCGCCAUUCUGUCAACCAAACUCAGCGAGGCCCUGCCUGGCCAGAUGGGCGCGGCUAUCGAAGAUUCAGAUGUAUCGUUCUCGAACUCUCUCCUCAAGGGGCUCGUCACAGCUGCAGCGACCAACACCAAAGCAGCCUUCUCGGCGAUCGAAGGAGCCACACCUCGACUUGUUGAGCUAGCUUUGUAUCACACAAAGCUGGCAAACGUAGAAGCGUUUAGACUCGUUUAUCUGGUUGCUAUUGGGUUCGGAGGUUUGGCCACUUUCUGUGCGUUCUGUACAGUGAGCAUCGACAGCCACUUGAAAAACAGCUCGAGGGCGAUUGUGUUGAAGAAUGAGAUCAAAGGGGACGAGGACAAAACUGCACAAGCGGCAUAA